GUGCACAAGGUCUUCGGUGUCAGUAACGUACAAAAAAUGGUACGGACCGUACGUGAAGAGGACCGUACCAAACUCUCUGAUUCUUUGACAUGGGAAGCUCUCUGGAGACAGAAAGAUCCGGUCCUUGGCUCCUAUGGAGAGUAUAGGAGGAUUUGUGAAGAGCUCAAGUUAUACAAAAGCUUGGUUCAUAACCAACCUCUCAUUGGUUGGGAUAAUAAUCAACGAGUGUUCAGCAAUAAUAGUAACAACAAGAACGGGUUAGCGAUGAAUUCGAGUGGAUCGGGAGGGUUAAGUGUUAACAACAACGGUGUUGGUGUGAAUCGGGAGAUUGUCAACGCAGGAUAUACACCAAGGAAUUUGCAAGGUGGCUGGGAAAAUUUGAAGCAAGAUCAAAGGCAACAAUGUUAUGCAGUGAUUAAUGGUUUCAAACAACACUAUGUCCCACUCUAAGUAACUAUGAUGUUUAAUAUGACUUGUACGUACGGUAAUUCAGUCAUAUUGUACGGCCAUAUCUUGCGAAAGUAAAAUCUCAUAAUACACUAUUAUUUGGAAU